ACUAGCAAGAAAGAACAGAGGAGGCAAAAGCAACAAAGCACAGAUAAAGAGAGAAAACAAGGUCACUGCUGUUAACAGGAAACGUCCAGAACAAAAACUAAUUUAUUUCCUCUUCAUGCUCAUGUCUGGUGGAAACAGUUGAGGUUUGGCACCAGCACCAAGACGAGGAUCAUCGCAAAAUUUAAAGUUUCUUUCUGUGUUGCAAAUAAGGCAGUCGCUGUGGACAAACACAUGAAAAAGGCAUGCGCGACUCUGGCGAUGGCGGAACGAACAACGAGAGGAGAGGAGCAGCAGCGGGGAUUAGACACUCGCGUUGGGCGACGAAUAGAAGAAACGACUGAAUACCAAAAUGGGUCGCCGUUGAAAUACUUAGGCAGUAUAUCAGAUGUCAAAUCAGAAACAAGAAAUCACGAUAACCAAAAUAGGACAUGAACGCAACAUAAGGCCUUCAAACUUGCCACAUAACUGAGUCUAAACAGCCUGAAUUGAAACAGAAACAGAGAGGUGCUCUUUCCUGUUGGCAUACCGUCGUGUAUUAUGGACGUCCAUCCUCCUUAGAGAAACAUGUACAUGCUAAAUGGUGGAGUGGCUGUUUGACACGAGCUACGUAGGCCUCAGGCCAGCGAUCGCUGUCCUUAAGUAUGGAGGGAGGAGAAGAAGAAGAAGACUGGAGCAGGACUUCACAUGUGACAACAUUGGGAAAACACUACGUCUCCGAAACAGCACCAAUCCUGGAGAAGAGGCUAUGCUCUGGAUGCAGACAUCCACUGACACAACUGCCACAACCACCGGGAAGCUUUGAGAGGCUACCACUGUGGCAUUUAAACGUUUGUUAAUGAAUGGUUGCGGUACCCAGUGAUCUGUCUGGACACUGCCUGACAUCGCGUCUGCAGUCUGCGAGAGGAUCUGGACACACCUGAGGGCUCAUAUUUCCAUUGGGACCAGUGUGUGACCAUGGCCUUAGUCAUUUCUUAGUGUUUGUCUGCUGAUGCAUUUUCAAACAUUUGAUUCAUUCUUUCAUUUUUCCCUAUAAAACCCACUUUAAAAUAACGCUACACCCUCUUAUUUCUUAUGUCACUCUCCCCCAUCUAUCACUGCACAAAUCUGCAUCGACCAGCACAUUCUCCCCAACACACUCCGACCCUUUGUCAUUGUGUGUGUGUGUGUGUGAACUCCCCACGUGUGUUGGAAGUUGGCAGAAUCUGGAUUGUUGAUUGUGUAAAGGCAUGUGUGACCUUACAAUAACGGCCACUCUGUGUGUGUCUGUGUGUGUGUGUGUUUUGCUGGUUCUUUAAGCCUGUUGUGAUUGAAGGGAGAGUGUGUGUGAGUGCAUGUGUGUGUGCGCAUGAGUCAGCCAGUGCACCAUGCUUGUUCUGCGUGUGUGUGAGAGAGAGAGAGGGAGUAGGGUGCAGAGUGAGACAGCUGAGACUGCAGCAGCUCUACCAGUCAGUCCCAGUCUCAGUCCCUGUUCGUCCUGUGUCUCUCGUCCGCUAUCUCUUUUAUGGAUUUCUCUUUAUUUUAAGGAUUUUUCUUGGAUGAGUUGACGCCCAUAUAUGGAUCUUAUGUUGUCUAUCGGUGGGAUCUGACAGACCGCUGUGUGUGUGUGUGUGUGUGAGCCAUGCUGCGUGUGUUUAUUCUAUGCGCAGAGGGUCUGCUAACGCCGGACGAUGACAUCAGCGAUGCCUACUGCACCGUCACCUAUGAAGGGUCUAAGAAGAAGACGAAGGUCAUAAAGAACAAUCCUAACCCUGUUUGGAAUGAGGGUUUCGAAUGGGAUCUGAAGGGGAUUCCUCUGGACCCUGGAGCAGAGCUGCACUGUGUCGUCAAAGACCAUGAGAAGAUGGGGAGAAACAGGUUUCUGGGGGAAAGCCGGCUGCCCCUCAGAGAUGUGCUCAACUCUCCCAACCUGGCGGCAUCCUUCACCGUCUCCCUACUGGACACCAAGAGAAACAACACAGGGGCUACACUUACACUGCAGAUUUCCUACAUCCCCCCUCCAGGAUCAGCUCCAAUCUUCCAGCCUCUCCACCAGCCUGAGGCUCUGCCCCAUAACAACCCAAGUGUGGAGAUGGAUACUGUCACAAUGAUUUCUCUGGACACUUUGGGUGAGGAGGACACAGAGAGCAUGAUCAUGCUGGAACCGACGGAGGACCAGGGUCCCGAUGAUGGACGCUCCAUGGUCGUCGUCGGCCCUCAGGGGCCCACGGGCCAGGAGUCGCCCACUGCCCAGACACCGAAACGCUCUCCACCGACCUACAACACCCAUGGAGGGCUGAGGAAGAGGAGGAGAGGAGCCAGCAGUCAGGCCAAACCGCUGCCCAACAAACCACAGGACAUGCAGGUUCGCGUGCGGGUCAUCGAGGGCAGACAGUUGCCGGGCAUUAACAUCAAGCCCGUUGUCAAGGUGACGGUAGCCGGGCAGACCAAGAGGACCCGCAUCAGAAAAGGCAACAACCCAGUCUUUGACGAGACGUUCUUCCUGAACUUCUUUGAGACUCCAUCAGAUUUGUUUGAUGAACCCGUCUUCAUCACUGUGUGUGACUCUCGCUCACUCAGGACUGAUGCUGUGAUCGGUGAAUUCAAGUUGGAUGUGGGCACCAUCUACAGUGAGCACAGGCACUGCUUCUUGAGGAAAUGGCUGCUGCUGUGUGACCCCGAUGACCUCUCUGCUGGGGUCAGAGGUUACCUGAAGGUCAGCCUGAUGGUUUUGGCAGCUGGAGACGAGCCACCGGCUGACAAACGCGAGUGUGUCGAGGAUAGAGAAGACAUUGAAGGGAACCUGCUGAGGCCGGCUGGACUGUCUCUGAGAGGAGCCUCUUUCACCCUGAGGAUCUUCAGAGCUGAAGAUCUGCCACAAAUGGACGACGCCUUCAUGGAUGGGAUGAGGCAGAUUCUUGGGUUUGACAGCAACAGAAAGAACCUGGUGGAUCCUCUGGUGGAGAUCCACUUUGCUGGCAAAACUGUGUGCACUAAGAUUCUGGAGAAGAAUGCCAACCCACAGUGGAACCAGAGUCUGAGCAUGCCUAUCAGAUUCCCCUCCAUGUGUGAGAAGAUGAGGAUCAGAAUUCUGGACUGGGACAGAGCCAGUCACAACGACGUCAUCGGCACCACCCACCUCUGCAUGUCUAAGAUCUCCGCCCCUGGUGGAGAGAUAGAUGAUGACUUGACUCCACGGAGCGUCCAGUCUAGCAUGGAUGACAGUCUCGGUUUCCUGCCAACAUUCGGUCCGUGUUUUGUCAACCUGUACGGCAGCCCCAGAGAAUUCACCACCUUCAGCGAUCCACACGAAGUGCUAAACCUCGGAAAAGGGGAGGGCGUGGCGUACCGAGGUCGAGUUUUAUUGGAGCUAACUACAAAACUGGUGGACAAGCCGGAGCAAAAAACUGAAGACAUACCAUCAGAUGACCUGCUGGUGGUGGAGAAGUUCCUCAGGAAGAGGAAGUUCUCCCUGUUCGUAGCGUUUUACUCGGCCACACUCCUCCAAGAUGUUGACGACGCCAUCCAGUUCGAGGUCAGCAUUGGCAACUAUGGCAACAAGUUCGACUACACCUGCGUCCCUCUGGCCUCCACCACCCAGUUCAGCAGGGCUGUGUUUGACGGUUGUCACUACUACUACCUCCCAUGGGGAAACGUGAAGCCUGUGGUGGUUCUGUCUUCAGAGUGGGAGGACAUCAAACCGAGGAUCGAGGCUCUCAACAUGCUGCUGGCCAUCAUCGAGAGACUGGAGGCGAACCUGCAGCGGGUGCAGCUGGAAGUGAAGGCAGGCAGUGAUCUGGAGGAGGUGGAGCUCCGGGUGGUCGAGCUGUUGGAUCAGGUCAUCACAGACUGCAGCGAGGAGCUGCCCUCUCUCAACCAAUGGCAGUGUGCGACCGCCCUGGACCGCUCACUGAGGCACAUUCGUGUUCUCCACCUGCAGCAGAUUGUUGCGGCGGCGCUCGCUCUGAAGCACGGCCCGGAGACCGAGCUGUCCACGGUGCUGGAGCAGGCCGAGGACUGGGCCAGCAGGCUGAGGACCAUGGCCGAGGAGCCUCAGAACAGUCUUCCAGACAUCAUCAUAUGGAUGCUGCAGGGCGACCGCAGGGUGGCGUACCACCGCAUCCCAGCACACACUGUGAUCUUCUCCCAGCAGCACUGCGGGAAACACUGCGGGCAGCUGCAGACCGUCUUCCUUAAGUGCCCGCAGGGCAGCGGCGGAGAAGCCAAACUUCCCGGUCAGCUGAGGGUCAAAGUCUGGUUUGGAUUGGCUGCUGACGUCAAACACUUCAACCAAUACGCUGAAGGAAAACUGUCGGUGUUUGCUGAGACGUAUGAGAACCAGACCCGACUCGCCCUGGUGGGCAACUGGGGAACUACAGGUUUAACCUACCCCAAGUUCAGCGACGUCACUGGGAGAAUCAAACUGCCCAAAGAGAGCUUCAGACCCUCACCUGGCUGGACGUGGGCUGGAGACUGGUUCAUCAGCCCCGAGAAGACACUGCUGUUUGACGUGGACGCCGGUCACAUGACCUACACAGAGGAAGUGUUUGAAAACCAGAUGAGGUUACCAGGCGGACAGUGGAUUGGCAUGCCCGAGGGCUACACUGACGUGAAUGGAGAAAAGGCGGUGCCAAAGGACGAGGUGGAGUGUCCUCCAGGUUGGGCGUGGGAGGAGGUGGAGUGGAGCGAAGAUCUCAACAGGGCUGUGGAUGAUCAAGGCUGGGAGUACGGCAUCACCAUCCCUCCAGACCGCCGCCCCAAGUCGUGGGUGCCGGCAGAGAAGAUGUACCACACCAACCGCAGGAGACGAUGGAUACGAAUGAGACGACGAGAUCAGCAGAAGAUGGACGCUCUCAGAAAGCAGCGUCCGGACGAGAUGGAGAGGGAGGGCUGGGAGUACACCUCGCUGUUCGGCUCCAGGUUCCACUUGAAGCCGAGGAAGACGGACAGCUUCAGGAGGCGCAGGUGGAGGUACCGCAUGGAGCCACUGGAGAAGACGGGCCCGGCAGCCAUCUUUGCUCUGGAGUGUUCUCUGAGCAGCAUAGAGGACAAGAAUGAUGACAAGUCGGUCACAACCACUUUCGGAGUCAACAGACCUACCAUUUCCUGUUUCUUUGACCGUGGCACCCGCUACCACCUGCGCUGCUACCUGUACCAAGCCAGAGACCUGCUGGCCAUGGACAAAGAUGGCUUCUCAGACUCGUACGCCAUUGUGUCGUUCCUCCAUCAGUCCCAGAAAACAGUGACGGUGCGUAACACUCUCAAUCCCACCUGGGACCAGACGCUCAUCUUCUAUGAGGUGGAGAUUUUCGGCGACCCCGAGGUCACGAUGGCCACUCCUCCCAACGUCGUGGUGGAGCUUUACGAUUCGGACACAUAUAAUGCUGAUGAGUUCAUGGGCCGCUGCGUGUGCCAGCCCUCCCUGACAGCCUCCCCACGACUGGCCUGGUUCCCUAUUCGCCGAGGGGACAAAAACGCCGGCGAGCUGCUGGCUGCCUUCGAGCUCAUACGCAGAGAAAAGCCAGCGAUUCACCAUAUUCCAGGUCAAGAGGGAGACAUCAUGACCUCCACCCACGUUCUGGACGAGUUGAUGUUUCCGGGAUUCCUCUGUGAAAGCCUGCAGCAAUGGCCUGAGGAGUCGGACCUCCCGCACCCGCCCCCUCAAAGAGAAUCCAACGUCUUUGUGGUUCCUCAGGGAAUCAAACCUGUUCUGCAGAGAACCGCCAUCGAGAUCUUGGCGUGGGGCGUCCGUAACCUGAAAAGUUUCCAGCUGGCGAGCGUUAACUCCCCGAGCCUGCAGGUGGAGUGUGGAGGCGCCGUGAUCCAGAGCUGCGUCAUCCGCAGCAUGAAGAAGAAGCCCAACUUUGACGUCAACAAGCUCAUCCUUGAUGUGAGUCUUCCCCGCGAGGAGCUCUACAUGCCGCCGAUCGUCAUCAAAGUCAUCGACAACCGUCAGUUUGGGCGGAAGCCGGUGGUCGGCCAGUGCACCAUCCGGGCGCUGGAGGAGUAUCGCUGCAUCCCGGAGGAGGAGCACGCAGCAGAGGAGCAGGAGGAGGACUGGAGGCGUGAGACGCCCCAGUUAAUUUCCGCCGAAGUCUUUAUUGACAUUGACGACGAGGAGCCGCUCAUACCCGGCCAGCUUGCUGACGGAGCCAGUUCUGCUAUCAUUAACCUUUCAACCUCUAGUUCCAGCCUUCAUGAAGAGGAGUUCAUGGACUGGUGGAGUAAAUUCUACGCCUCGACCGGAGAGAAAAACAAGUACGGGACGUACCUGGAGAGAGGCUUCGACACGCUGAAGGUGUACGACCAGGAGUUGGAGAAGGUCGAGGGUCUCAAAGGUCUUGCAGAUUUCUGUCAGACGUUCAAGCUGUACAGAGGAAAGACUCAGGAUGAAGGAGAAGACCCUUCAGUGGUUGGAGAGUUCAAGGGCAUGUUUAAGAUCUACCCUCUGCCAGAAGACCCCUCCGCCCCUGCUCCUCCCAGACAGUUCAGAAAGCUGCCUCCCAACGGCAUCGAGGAGUGUUUGGUCCGAGUCUACGUCAUCCAGGCUCAGGGGCUGCAGCCAAAAGACGCCAACGGGAAAUGUGACCCCUACGUGAAGAUCACUUUGGGCAAAAAGACCGUGAACGACCAUGAGAACUACAUCCCCUGCACACUGGACCCCGUCUUUGGAAAGAUGUUCGAGCUCACCUGUUCCCUCCCCGUGGAGAAGGACCUUCGGGUGAUGCUGUACGACCACGACAUGCUGACCAAAGACGAGAAGAUCGGAGAGACGGUGAUCGACCUGGAGAAUCGCUUCCUGUCCAAAUACGGAGCCAUGUGUGGCCUGCCGCAGUCCUACUGUGUAUCAGGGGUAAACCAAUGGCGGGACCAGCUGACACCCAGGCAGCUGCUGCACAGACUGUGUGAUCGACGGAACCUGCCGAAGCCCGUCUACCAAGACGACGUGGUCCACUUCAGAGGAGACCAGUACGCGGCUGCAGACCUCGAGGACAAAAACGUGUCCAAACGUCACCUUGGUCCAAUUAAAGAGCGACUGGCCCUUCACAUCCUCAGGAGGCUGGGGUUGGUAUCUGAACAUGUGGAGACCAGACCACUUUACAGCCCACUGCAGCCUGACAUAGAACAGGGGCGCCUGAUGAUGUGGGUGGACCUGUUUCCCAAAUCCCUGGGACCACCUGGACCCCCGUUCAACAUCACACCACGCAAGGCUAAGAAGUUCUUCCUGCGUUGCAUCAUCUGGAACACCAGUGAUGUCAUCCUGGAUGAUGUCAGCAUCAGCGGGGAGAAAAUGAGCGACAUUUACGUCAAAGGCUGGCUCGAUGGACACGAGCACAACAAGCAGAAGACCGACGUCCACUACCGCUCUCUGGGCGGAGAGGGCAACUUCAACUACAGAUUCCUGUUCCCUUUCCACUAUUUACCGGCAGAGCAGCUCUGUGUGGUCGACAGGAAGGAACAUUUCUGGAGUUUGGAUAAAGCCGAGACAAAGCUGACUCCCAGACUGUACAUCCAGGUCUGGGACAAUGACAAGUUCUCCUUCGACGACUACCUCGGUCACCUGGUGAUGGACCUGAACCACAUGCUGCGGCCUGCCAAGUCCCCAGACAAGUGCAACCUGCUGCUUCUGGACCAGCCGGGGGACAAACUGGUGUCUCUGUUUGAACAGAAGACGGUCAAAGGCUGGUGGCCCUGCACCUGCGAGAGAAACGGGGAGAAGAUCAUCGCAGGGAAGGUGGAGAUGUCUCUGGAGAUCGUGACGGAGCAGGAGCACGAUGAGAGACCGGCUGGCCUCGGCAGAGACGAACCCAACAUGAACCCCCACCUGGAGGACCCUCAACGUCCCGAGACCUCCUUCCUGUGGUUCUCCUCUCCCUAUAAGACGCUCAAGUUCAUAUUGUGGAGGCGCUUCAAGUGGUUCAUCAUCCUCUCCAUCAUCCUCUUCCUCAUCCUCCUCUUCCUCGGAGUAUUCCUCUACUCCUUCCCGAACUACGCCGCCAUGAAGAUGGUGGGACCUUUUGGGCCGGCCAAGGCAGCAAAGUGACAGAAAGAGACAAGGAAAGAGGAAAAGAAAACAGGAAGAAGAACAAUAUCAACUUCCUGCCAGUGAAAUCAGGCUGAAUCUCACAGAUCUUCAGUUUAUUUUUCUUCUCCUCUUGAGUCUUGAAACUUGCUGAGAGAGUGAAAACUGCAGUGGUGAACUCGUGACCUCCCGACUGUGUUCAGAUGACUUUACACUCUUUUUGCACCGGCAGACCCCAAUAGCAAUAGUGCCCGAGGUUCAUAAACACCUCUGACGUGUGUGUAUGUGUGUGCGUGUGUCCAUUUGUGCCUUUACUGUUAGUUUUCCGAAUCUCUUCGCUCAUCUGCAUUUCUUUGCAGGGAUGAAUUUCCAAACUCACAUCUCUCAUGCGUCCUCCUCCGUCUGUCUCACGCAGAGAUAAAGCAGGAAACAAAACCCCCGUCAGGCGAACGCCGCCGUGUUUGAAAAGCACAGUCAAUGAUGGCGACGCCUGAGCUUCUUUUAUUGCCUUUGAUGAGUUCAGGCGACGGUGACUGAGCGACUUCAAACCGUCAGACUUCGUCGGCCUAACAUUUUUGAAUAAGAUUGGAAUUUUAUUCUCUCGGAAUCAUCACCACACGUGCUGCCUUCAAGUGCAGUCAGUAAUCUUAGUGGGUGUUUUCAGUUGAUUUCUUGUCUCUUGCCUCCUCCUCCUCCUCCUUCCUUUUGCUUCCUCUCUCCGUCCUCCUCCCCUUCUGUCCUUGCGCUUCCUUUCUUCCUCACUCUUCUGCUCUUCUUCCUCAUUUCCCCUUUUCCUUUAUCUCUGCUUAACUGCUUCAUCGUGCUUGAAUUUAUUCAUUUGCUCCUCGGCUCUCUUCUCUAUCUUUUCUUCACUUUCAUCUUUGCCUUGUUCUUCUCCCCAUUACCAACCUCCUCCUCCUCCUCCUCCUCCUCCUCCUCCUCCUCCUCCUCCUCCUCCUCCCCCUCCUCCUCCUCCUCCUCCUCCUCCUCCUCCUCCCAGUCUUUCAGCGCUCUCAGGGUUCAGCAGGUUAAGUCGGAGAUUUGUUCAUGUUGAUCUCCGGGUUUGAGCUUUGUUAUCACACACGCACGCGCGCACACACACACACACACACACACACACACACACACACACACACAUUAACUGAAGUCAUGUCAUGAAGUCAGGUUAGUCAGUCUUUUAAUAGACAUGACCCUCAGUCUGUGUAUGUGUUUCAUUUACGGUAUGUUAUGUCUGUGCAGACAUUUGCCAUGAGUGUGUGUUAAGGUCUUAAUUGGCACACACACACACACACACACACACACACACACACUCACAGGCCAAACAGGAAAGGUUAGAGGAGAGAAACUAAUCCACCCAGGUUCUAAGGGAUUUCCUGAAAUACAGUACAUGUUUGUAAGUUUAAAUAUGUCAGUGUGUGUGUGUGUGUGUGUGUGUGUGUGUGUGUGUGUGUGUGUUCAGGUCUUUCGAUUCUUAAACAGCCCCUGCUGGCUAAAACAGCUAAUAGAAGCUGAAGAGAAAGAGACAACACAGAUGAGAUUUAUCUCCACGCUCUUCUUCUCUUGUUUUUUUUUUUGCACCUCCACCAUCAUCAUCAUCAUCUUCUUCUUCUUCUUCUUCUCCUCAGUGGUUCCAUCUGAAAUGAAAGAGUUCUUCAGUGGUUAUUCUCGGGUUCGAUCACAUGUUCGUUUCGUUUGCUUUGGUCCACACCACAGUGGAAAAGUUGACUUUGUCCCGUUUGGUUCCUUUAAGGUUCACACCAGCCAAUUACGAGCAAACCAGGCCUUGUAAACAAAGGUGACAUGGACCCACAGGGAGCUCAUUUAUUGGACAGGGUUUUGGCAAGUUGUCGUCGGGUCAGAGCAGGUUUAACUCCAGCUCUGCUAAUCUGAGCGUAUGUCGCAGGAAGUUACCUUCUGUGGAGUUUUACUUUCCAUUUGGCUCUGCUCGCCUUCCGACAUGAGAAACUCGCUCGCUGUCAGACGUCAGCGUUUGUCUCCUUGUGCUCGUAAAUGCUUUUAUUUUGAGAGGUUACACGAGAAACCCUGUGCGGGAGAUACGAGAUGAUUCGGCUCAAGUGCUGCAUGGUUAUUUUCCCUGUUUGAAUGUAAAUGAAUGAUUCUGUUUGUUCUGAAACAUGAAGUGAACAAUCACACAACCACUGAGCGUCUGUCAUCACAUUCAGGUGAGCUGCAGGUGUUCAGAAACUUUUCCAAGUCUGAUUGUUCCAGUGCAGCGUAGUCAGACUCGACGCAGCCGCAUCCUGUGGACACUGGCCUUUCAGAAUAAGAUACGUCCUGUAUUUAAUAUCAGUGUUAUGUGUGCUGAGGUAUUUCACUGUUUCUGAGGAGUGGUUGGGUUUCCUGUUUGGCUUCCUGUGGCUCAGGUUCCCGCUGCACGUGUGAACACCUGCUGAAAACAUACUCAAAGAAAACUCAUAGGCUUCUUCUCUUCGCUUUACAUGAUGCAAACUGCUGCAAACGAGUGACUCGAAAAUCUUCUUGUUUUCUUGAUGCGUACGUGACUAAAAGCUGAUCAGCGCUGGGAUUCACAACAAAAAUCAGAAAGAUGGAGGGACAAACUAAUAAAACAGGGAGAAAAAAAAGGAAGUCUGGACAAAAAUAGGUGAAACAAAUAAACAACUCAGCUGUUACUGUCAGCCAGGGUUUGUAAAUAAAUUAAACAAGUUUUGCCAUUGUGCCAACAACAACAGCAAACUCCCCGUGCUGUGUGCCUGAAUGCACCGCAUACCUGGAAAGUUUAUUUUGAUUUAAGUCAGAAUGUUUGCCUGGAUCGACCAUGAUUUCACCUUUUCAAGCGUAUUUCAUUUCGUUAGUAAUAAUAGUUUUGUAUAUUUUGAAAGAGCUUUAAACCAUCCUGCUGAUGUAAAUCGUCAGGCUUCAAAACGGAAAAGCUUUAUUUAGACAGUCGUGUUGUCAGCUGCCUCAGAAUGCCUUCGCGCUGCAAACUCGUCUUUGGCUCAGCACUGUUUUGUGGCCGUCAGUAAACGCAACGUGCCUUUUAGCCUUUAGCUUUGCUGCCUCGACACGCAGGAACGCCAGCUGCCGCUCAGCAGAAACACACUGACUGUUGGGUAUUUUUGUAAACUCUGCACUCCAGUUGCCUUCUCGAAGCCGCUGCAGAAAUGAAGGCAAAUGCGUCGCUUCCACGGUCAGCUGAAAACACGCCUGCAGCUCGUUGAUCAGGACUGACCGUGUUGCUGAUAUUUGAAUGUUUCCUGGGAGGCACAGACUGAAUGUAUUUUGACGUGUAUGUGACUUCAUGUUUAGAAAGAGCAAUACUGUGUGCCCUGCAUCAUGUGUUAGUAUUAUCAAUAAAACUGCAUUUGUGAUGAG